AUGGACAUGACUACCACUGAACAGUCAGAGGAGACUUUAGACGAUGCAAGCAAACACAUACCACAUGAACCAACCACAAUGAGAACGUUAUCCCCACUAUCAGAGGACGAUGAGACAGUGACUAGAUGGCAGAAUAGUGACUCCGUCGAGCAGAGGGAGGACUCAGAGAACGAAGACAGGCAGAAGCAGUCAACGGAUGACAUAGAGCAACGGGGAGAGAGACACGAGGAGCGAAAACACGAUAAUGCAGAAACGAUCAUGAAGGACAAAGAUGUAAGGGAGAGAGAUUCGACAGAAUAUGACUCGGAUCACGAGGCACAAUCAACGUUUGCGGGAUCAAACGAUACAAGCGAACACCCAAUUGACACGGAAGCGAAAAUCACACAGUCAUCCUCGAGAGACGACGAGACGGAACCAUUCAAUCCAUGCACUUGCUCACCUCCAAUCAGUCCCGAAAAAUAUCCUCAUUCGGGCAAAACGACCACAACUCCCCCGUCGACUGAGGAGGAGAUCACAGACGGGAUGGACAGUACGGACAGGUCCACGUUCAUCCCAUGCGACUGUCAGUCUAACGAGUCGAUUGUAAUCACCCCGGAGCCUGACGAUGGAAGAAGCACCGAUGCCUCAUACACCGAUAGGAGCACACAUAAGACCCGCGAAUCAACUGCAAGUGCCACGUCGCCGUCUCAGUCAAUUGCCGAGACGGACAGUGACGCGGUGACCGAGAGGGAGACGAAUGACACGGUCGAGCAGAGGGAGGAGUUCGAACGAGAAGACAAGGAGGAGGAGCGGUCAACGCACAUCGAGAAGCAUCAUGAGGAACGAAACGAGACGAGGAAAUACUACUAUGAGCGAGAGGACAAACACGAGGAUAGGGAUGGAGGUGAGACGGGUUGGACAAAGCAUGACCCAGAUCGCGAAUUGCGAACGGAGUUUGUGGGAUCGACCGAAUCAAGUGAACACCCAAUUGACACGGAAGCGAAAAUCACACAGUCAUCCUCGAGAGACGACGAGACGGAACCAUUCAAUCCAUGCACUUGCUCACCUCCAAUCAGUCCCGAUGGCCUGAUCGCCGACGCCGGUCGCUCUCGCCCUUCUGUUCCAUUGCACACAAUUGUUCACUUCGUGUACUCAUAUAAACAUAUACGUCACGUCUCGUAUGAUCGCAUGACAAUGAACUUUGCUACUGCUGAUGCAGUUCACUGUCAGUUCCAGUACUAA